UGAUAAUUUCAAAUAUAAUGAAUAAAUAAUACAUACCAGCCAAAGCACAAGAAAAAAUAUUUGCUUUAAUUCUCAAAAGACCUGAAAAUUUGAAUUGUGCCGACUGUGCAACAAAAGGACCUAGAUGGGUCAGCCUAGAUUACGGAAUAUUCAUAUGUAUGGAUUGCGCAGGUUUAACUUCAUUUCUCAUUUAUUAGGAGCCCAUCGAACAUUAGGUCCUAGUGUUACUAGAGUAAGGUCAACCAAUAUCGAUGGGUGGUAUUAAGAAAAUAUCGACAUUAUGGAAUCUAUCGGCAAUGGCACUGCAAAUUCCUAUUGGGAAAAUAAAAUGCCAAAAGAUUUUAUGUAAAUAAUUCCAAAUAUCCCUCAAAUAGCAAACCUACCAUUAAUUAAGGUCUAGAUUCAUUAAUUCGAUUCGUCUAAGAGAAGUAUGUUAAAAAGAGAUUCAUACCUUAAAUAUCUUGUCCUGAUCCCAAACAACAAUACAUUCUAACCAAAACGUAGUAUUCACCCUAUAUUCUUAAUUAGAACAGUCAAGCCUUUUUAUUUCAAUCAAUAAGAGACAAAGGUAGAGGAACCUAAAGUAAAAUUGGGUGAUUUGAUCGAUUUGGAUGAUGACUUAUUCGGAGUCAAGAAACCAAUUGUACAAGUCGAAGAAACCCAAGGAUAAAAUACUCAUUAAGGUACUACUAGAUCAUUGUCACCUGAGAAGGAUUUCAGUGAAUUUGUACAAUCAACUCCUCAUGUCCAUCAACCAAUCCAUUCACUACCUUCUCUGGACAUACUUACACUCUACAAAUCAGAAUCGCAAUAGACAUAAUAGUCAUAACAAAUUAUACCUAAUAAGAACUCGAAUUAUGCUUAUUUAUCAAAUAUGGGACAAUAAUAAAAUAAUGGGUUUUAUAAUUAGUAACCAAACUAUUAACACCUUUAUUAAUAGUAAUAACUGUAGUAAUAGCCAUUCCCAUAUUAAUAAUAAAAGUUUUAACAACCAAUUCAAUCGAAUGGACCCAUCAAUAUUAUGGAUUUAUAUUCAAAAUGA